UUUAUGUAGUUAGCACCUGCUCUAGCUGUCUAGGUACUCCCCCUGGUGUCAUUACUGCAUUUAAUGUUGUAAGGCGCGCGCCCGCACUCAAAGCAAAGGUAUGGGGGAUAGAGCCAUGCCGUCCACCUUCCUUACCUUAGCAUGGUCCAUUCAGCCGUUGCCUUUCAACCUCAAUUCUUAACCCACGAGAGUCAACCACGCACCUCUUUCCCACAUACCACCUGCUAAAUUUUGUAACAUCGACGACGAACGAGAAAACCUUAAAUCAUUUUCGCUAAUUGGAAUAUUGAACGUUUUUGGAGGUUUCCCUUUCUCUCAUCUAUUCAUCUCCGAGGGAAUUCGUCGAAUCGAAAUCAAGCGCUUGAAUACACCACGAUCAUUUCUCCCCCGAAACGAUUGCCCAUUCAUUCUUUUUUUCGACUUUCAGAUCAAUCUAUUUGACAUCGUCUUUCUUAGAAGAGCAUGCGCUAGACGAAUCUGCGAACCCUGAGGGGACUCUUAGGAGAUUCUCACUUGAUCAUUUCAUUAUCUACUACUUCAUAUUCUAUCGCUUAGCACGCUAUUUCUGCUUCUCUUGUCCGCUUCUGACCACCACCCCCCUCCUUCAAUUUAAAAACAUCACGUAACAAACCUUCUUCACGGCACUCCCACCAGUUCACAUUUCGGAAUCUACCCACAUCAUUCUCUGAGAACUAUCUAGUCUUUGCGAUCACUACCUGAACACGAAUUGAAGAGGAUAAAAAUGACGUUAGAGUCUGACCUAGUGUCUUCGACACUGUCAUCUCUAAAACGACAAGCGCAUGACACGACGAGCCCCUCUGUUCGAACACCAUCAAGAAUAGCCACCCCUCCUCCACCAUCCGAUCGAGGAACACUGCAGGUGAUGAGUAAUGGAGAUGGUGCUAAGUUAAAAAAUGCUCGUCAUAGUGGCCGAGGGUCGACCAUCGGUGGUGUUGAUCCUGAGAAUUUGACGCGAGCUCUUUCUAGAGAACUUUCUGGGGAUAGACGAGAUAGCACGUCAGGUGCCAGUCCAAGUAGGAAAAGGCAACGAAUAAAUGUUGACAGAUUUAUUCCUUCUCGCUCGGGUCAAGACCUUCAGGCCAGCUUCAGCCUUCUGCAUGAAGAAGGUUCUCCAGCAACACCCUCCAAGCAGAAGAAGCGUACACCGCAUGGUGAGCUUCACUUCCAGAAGACGGAAGAGGCGAAUCGAAUAUUCUCGACAGUUUUAAGAGCAGAACUCUUCGAAAACACGAUACCACAGGCAGCUCCUCAGGCAUUAUCGCCGGACAGCAACUUGCCUGGUUCAUCACAUUCGACCCAUGUUCAUGAUGGGACGAGAUCCCACACGCCGCCUAGUAACCCCCCUCCCUCCCUGCCCUCUACGUUUACACCAUCCACACCGCACAAGAAUCUCUUCUCUUAUAUGUCACCUCGGCACCAUUCUAAUAUUGCUGGCCACCCAACACCAAACCGCACUCCACAGAGCAGACAUGGUCCCAAUCUAGAUAUCCGAUCAGAGAUAUACAGUAUAUCACCAGUUCGCUUUGGAAGCCAACAGAUGUUAUUGAGCCCGAGACGUCAACCGCGUGCAGUCAGCAAAGUACCAUACAAGGUUUUGGACGCCCCCGAGCUAGCGGAUGACUUCUAUCUGAACUUGGUCGAUUGGGGUAGUGCUAACGUUUUAGGCGUUGGUUUGGGAUCAAGUGUCUACAUGUGGAAUGCACAAACGAGUCGGGUCAACAAGCUUUGCACACUCGAGGAUGAUACUGUGACAAGCGUGUCUUGGAUUCAGAAAGGUACGCAUAUUGCCAUCGGUACCGGCAAGGGUUUAGUGCAGAUCUGGGAUGCCGAAAAGACUAGGCGUUUAAGAACCAUGACGGGGCAUACCGCACGUGUAGGGUCUAUGGCAUGGAACACACACAUCCUCACCUCAGGGUCUCGGGAUCGAUUGAUUUACCAUCGUGACGUCAGAGCUCCUGACCAAUGGAUGCGAAAGCUUAUGGGUCAUAAGCAGGAGGUGUGCGGGUUGAAGUGGAACUGCGAAGAUGGCCAACUGGCAAGCGGAGGAAACGAUAAUAAGCUUAUGGUUUGGGAUAAACUCUCGGAAACUCCUCUCUGGAAAUUCUCCGACCACACUGCUGCAGUCAAGGCAAUUGCUUGGUCCCCCCACCAACGUGGUCUUCUUGCGUCGGGUGGUGGUACGGCUGAUCGAAGAAUAAUAUUCCACGAUACAGUCCGCGGGUCGGUCAUUAACGAAGUUGACACCGGUAGCCAAGUAUGCAACAUUUCGUGGUCCAAAAAUUCGAACGAGAUCGUCUCGACCCAUGGCUACAGCCAGAACCAGAUCGUCGUAUGGAAGUAUCCCGCCAUGACCCAGGUGGUUAGCCUCACCGGACACACGUACCGAGUAUUAUAUUUGGCGAUGAGCCCAGAUGGACGAACCAUCGUGACAGGAGCCGGUGAUGAGACUCUGCGAUUCUGGACCGUGUUCGGACGCCGACCGGGUCAGAGAGAGGACGCCGACGGUGGCGGUGGGCGACUGAGUGACUGGGGCGUGAUUCGCUGAGGGGCUCAAUUUUCUCUGCAAUGCAUGCGUACACUACGGUACGAUGGCAUAGCCCAUAUCGCCAUAGUGACCUUCGUUCUCUUAAUUUUACGGCAUUUUCAAGAGGAGCCACCUGUACAGUUGGGUUGCAUCCACCGGCGUUAUCGUUUUCACGAACUUCGCAUUUAUGAACCUAUGCGGAGGAGGAAAGGGCUGGAUUCUUAGUUGCUUAGUUACUACGGCGUCAAAAGGUUGACUAGCUAACUAAUUUGCAUUCGACCACCUUCAUGAUAAUGGUGGCUGGGGUGGUGGGGACGGUGAAUCCUGUUAUCUAUGGGCAGCAAGGCGUUGAAGGAAGUGGGAGGUUCCUCAUGGAUAGGAAACCACUAGUAGGGUCAAUUGAGGAAUACGGUGAUAAAAUCUGUUCGGCUCCGUAACAUUAUCGUAGAUAUUAUUACGAGCGCUGUAGGCAAGAAAAAGCGCAGCAAAAAGGGUUUAAAACUGUUAGUGGCUACGCAUACGACUUGAUACAAUAUAAGUUUAUUGUGAUUG